GCACGGCGCGGGCGGCGGCACCGGGCGCUGCGGGGGGAAAGGGCCGGGGGUCGGUGCGCGUCGUCACCUGAGGCUGGGACGCGGGCCGGCGUUGGUCGGGCGGAUGAAACGGCAGCGCCUUGCGGGAGGGCGUGCGGGGGAUGAGCGCUCGGUGCGCUCGUCGAGGAGGAGCUGGUCCCGGGAUUGAAGGGAGGGAGAGUUUCCGCGCCGCGGCCGUCGCACCGAGCACCCGGGGCUGUCGGGUUGGAGCGGGACCUGCCCCGGUCCGGUGCCUGCGCUGCGGGGAACGUGCGGCGUGGUGCUGCCCGUCGGUGCCGAGCGCUGCCCCGGGGCUGUGCAGCAGCAGGUGGAGGCGUGGGGAAGCACACACGGGUCCCGGCCUUGGUUGGUGCCGCAGCAGUGCUAAUGAUGCCGGGGAUGUGGCUCUGCAGUCGCUGUGUGUGCUGCUCGGGGUCAGCGCCAGAGAGACGCGAGGGUCAGGAGUUCCCUUUCCCAAUGGAAAAGGAUGGGAUGGUGUUUCUGCAGUAGAAAUGUGAUGUGACGAGUUCAGCUCUGGGGAUGCAGCACGCAGUGUCGUUGCUGAGUACAUUGCCUGGCAUCACAGGAGAGGACAGGGACAGCCUGCCCUUGCAGCUCACCCAGCCCACCUGCCCCGCAGUGCUGGCUCUGAAGGAGGCUGCUUCUGCAGAAGGAGUGUGGUCAAACACACGUGGUGCCAGGGCCCAGAGGACCUCAUUGAUGGGCAAAGGGGAAAGCUGUGCAGGCUGCUGGGAGGAUGUCCCACCUGUGAUAGAUGUAUACUGGGCAGUGCUCCCCGCCACAUUAUGAGCACUGAGGGCUGUAGGACUCCAUCGUGGGGAGGUGACGGUGUGCUGCUAAGCCCAUACUGGGGCUUAGAAGAGAUGAGCCCAGACACAGCACAGGAUGUGCAUGGAGAGGUUCCUAUCCAUGACACCUGAUGGAGGCCCGCUGCCCCGAUGCCUGGCAUGCCCCACUUUGCAUAGGUUUCCCCACUGAGGCAGAGCUGUGCCGCUUCUUUUACCCCCUCACAGGUGCCUUCUAUGGUAGUGGUGGAGGUGCCUGCUGCUUUACUUUCAGUGUGUGUAAUGAAUGGCUGUUGGCACUUGGAUUGCUCUUUGCUAAUGUAAACCUUCUCCGAACUCUUCUGCUCAUCACCAGAGCCUCUGGAUCCCUUUAAGGCUGUAGCUGCGCAGGGAGGGCAUGGAGUUUUGGUGGACGAGGGGCCUCUGACCCAGUCCCCAGCCUCUCCGUGCUCUCUGGCAGCUACUCCAGGCUGUGCCGAUGGAGAGCUAUGGAUGUGCUUGUGAUUUGGGGAUGCUCCAUGCCAUGAGCCUUUGCUCCAGCUGGGCUGUGCUUGCUACUCCUCAUUAAUAACUCUUCUCUGACCUUUCGUGCCACGAGAAUUUCAAUCUUGCACCAUAUCUGUGGUCUAAAUCCAGUGAAGCCAGCAGAGAUGUGUCAGGGAUAAACUUGGCUCCAGCUCACCCACAAGAAUGGGAAGGCAUUGGACUGGGAGGGAGGGAGCCAGGCUCAUUCCUGACCUGCUGCCUGAGCCCCACAUGCAGCCUGGUGAAGGGGGCGAGGAGCUCUGGGGCCAGCUGUUAGCACCAGGCAAGUGCCGAGCUCUCCCCCGCAUUGCAGCCAUUCCUUCCGCUGGAAGCUGAGCUGCCUGGCGGCGGGGUCCUGUUUAUAGCCCAGGGAAUGGGGAUGAGCUGUCCCUGGGCUGCCCCAGUGCAGGCAGGCAGUGUGUUAUUGCCCCAUGCAGCGUUGGGGCUGCUGGGAAGGGUGGGAAGCAGUGGGUUCAUGCUGUGUUAGCACCUUCCAGGCAGUGAUAGGGAUUCCUAUCGCAUGGGACUGUCUGGAAACCUGCCUCUUUCCAAUGCUUGCUCUUGACCUGGAAGUGCUGUUUUCCGGCGGAAAUGUGCUGAGCUGCAUGCUGACGUGCCCUGUGCUACACAGCAUACACCAAAAUGCUGCCUGCAGGAGGGCCGGCACUCCUUAUCCCAUCCCAGGAAAGCUUUGUAUGAGGUUUUGAAGUUGUCUCAUCCUGAACAGUUGGAGGGCUUUGUAGAGGAGAACAGGGAGUGAAAGCUGGGCUCGGCCCAGUGUUUGCCUGUUGUUCUGUGGCCAAGUUGCUUGCUGGGACACAAGAUAAGAGUUUUGCAAAGUGGAGGCUUGAAGUGGUUUCUGACAUCCCAGACUCACAUCCUAAUCCUUUAACUCUUCCCUACACCAGUCCAGUCUGGCACAGAUAAAGGAACGAGUAUCUCCUCCUGUGUGGAAGGAACCUUUUUCCCAUGUAAAUUAAUGGCAAAACUGCACGUUCUACAUACAUUCUGUAUGGAAUAUCCUUCUCCCAGGACAGGCAGCUUGGUCAGAAAAAUCCCCGAGGAGCUCUGCAUUGUCCCUGCCUCACACACCAGCCCUGGGAUGAAUAGUGCUGGGCCCUGCCACCCGCAGCCCGGGCACUGCCAUGGCCAACAACACCCGGCUGUCAUCACCCCCAGCUGCCAAAAGCAGUGGCAUUCAGCGAGCUCCAGUCCCUCUGUGCUAAUGAUCUGCAGCCUCUGUGGUGGGGAAGGAUGAAAAUCUCUGAUUUGGUGGUCCCACCCUAUGGAACCUGCCUCGGAUUCUUCAGCCCCUUCGAUUUUUAACUGAUAACGCCUCUCAUCUCAUCAAAGGAGGGCUUUUGGCAGGCAGGGGAAAACACUGGCAUUUCGUAACAGUUUGGAAUGAGCACAGAUCUGGGAGGAGUUUCUAUGUUCAAAAAUUUUUUUUUUUUUUUUUGAAGUGGGUUUUGCCUGCAUGUGAUCCUGGAAGCGAUAGGAGCAAGGUCUGGGCGCCGCUGUGUGCUCUGAUUACUGGCAAUUAGCAGGAGAGCUCCGGGGAGGUGUAUGAGGAGCAGCCCAAGCAGUGGCUGUGGUUUUCUCCUGGGUGCUUUUGAACAUUUGACCCACCAGACUCGCUGAUGGCAGAGCAGCCCAUUUGUGUCUCAUUGUCCGGCAGGUUCAGCCUCCCGUUUGACACAAUGCCAGUGUCAUCUUAUGCUUUGGGAAACUGAGGUUGUACAGGGCAGAGCCAGGAGUAGGAGAUGUGUAGGAACAGGUUUGAUAGCUGGCUUUUGUAUGCCAAAGCUAAAAGCAGAUAGGGUGAACCAGUCCCGGCACCAUUGGAGACAUCAGCACUUUCUGGGCGAUCACACCAUCCCGUGUGCUUGGGCUUGGCUUUCCUACCAUGCAGCACUGGCUGUCCUGCCUCCACUCUUGCCCUGAAGGGGUUAAGUGGGUAGGAAAUGCUGCAGGCUGGUGGCCUUGCCGCUGCACCUGAUGCUCACCAAUGGAAGGAAACGGAAGGGCUGUUCUCAGCUGAGCAAACACGCUUAUCCUGCCCUUGAGGAUGCUACGGCAGUACAGCUCUGGCCCCCAAAGUGCAGAGACCCUAUGGGUGCCCCCACUGUGUCCAUCCCACAGGGCUGGGCAGGGCUGGCUCUGUGGUACUGACUUCAUAGCAAUUUUGCCCCUAUGGGAUUUUUCUAUCCCUGCUGGUUUUUACUCCUUCCACCACCUCCAGAAGGAGGUGUCCCCAUCACGCAGCAUGGCUGGAUGUAUUCAGAGAAGCAGAGCUGGCUCUGGCUGAUUCCUCACCCAUCCUGUUCCUGCAGCUCCUCUGCCCCCCCAGCCUGCCCCCUUCUAGGGGAAAGUCCUGUGUCCUCCUGUACAUGAUGGUCCCAUGGCACUUUUCCUAUAAGAAGCACAUCUGCUGUAUGGAGCUUUGGGGAAAGGUGAUGCCUGGGACACAGAAAGCUUCCAUCCAUCCGUAGGACUGGGAUGCCCAUUUGGGAGGUGCCUGCUGUGUCCCCUGCACACAGGGUGUGCACCAGGCAGUGCCUCAGCCAUCCUCUGCUGCUCUGCCCCACUGCUGGGGCCUCUCCUGGUGUGGGGGCACAGCAGCAUCCUGCUGUCUCUGCUGCUGCAGGGCUGGUUUUGAAGAGGCCAAUGCCAAAAUUUUACUUGGAAAUAGCAGAGUUUAUUCUGGGUUCUGGCUAAUCCUAACAUCUCUCCUCAGCCUGAAGCUUGUUUUUAUACAUUGCUCAGCAGGUCUUGCCCCUGCCCGACUAUUCCUUUAAAAGGGCAUCUCAAACCUCUCUUUUCCUUUCAUUACUUAAACACGUUCUCAGCCAGCAGCUCUUAUCAACCCAGCCCCACUCCCUUCUCCCAGGCUCCCUGCAGAGCAUCACACCGAUUGCUGAAAUGUCACCCCCUGAGUGCAGCCCUGUGUGCUCACAGAGCUGUGUCCUUGGCACUGAGCUGUGCCUGGGCUCAGGGGAUCCUCACCCAGAGGCUUCGCUGUGUCCCUGUACCUUUGUUUGCUCAUCUUCUUGCUUCACUCAGCAGUAAAAGAAGGUGAUGCACAAAACUCUGGGGUCAGGGCAGCUGCAGCCUCAUCGUUUCAGAGGGGAAAAGUUUGCUUUGGGUGAGCUAAAACAAACCUCCACAAUCUUCUCCAGGAGAUGGAGAAAUGUCAGCACAGAGGGGGCAGCCCCUGGGUAGCAUCCCCAGCAUGGGGCACCAAAGGGCUCCUUAUCUGCCUCGGUCACGGGAGGUGGUUGGGGGUGAUUCAAUCAUUCCCCUGUUAAUUAUUACCCAUGCAGCUCAGAUUCAUGGAGCCGUUCUGCUGUGGUGCAAGCGCUCUGCUGAUCACAUAACAGGCAGGGCAUGGGCCUGAGGGGGCUGAGAGAGGGGGCUCAGGCAGAGCAUGUCUGGAGCAUGAUCUGAGCUCCCCCUGGGCCAGGCUCACGGCUCAGCUGCUGGCUUCUGGGGUCACUGAGAGCAGGGCUGCCAGAUAAGGAUUUCAGCAGAGCUAUUUAUAUCAAGGAGGGAGCCGCUGCUGGCACAUAGCUGGACCAGGCACAGGGCCCUUCUCUCAAGCCGUGCUGAAAACAGCAGCAGCAAACGUGUGCUGGUGGUCAGCACAGCCCUGAGUGCCUGGGGUGCACGUUUCAAAGGGUAAAGCAUUCUCUGGCUGCUUUGUCUCCCCGAUGUUUCUUUCUCCCCUGGUCCCAGUGCUGGAGCAGGGCAGAGGGCAGCAAGCUGUGGGCUCCUUGCUGUAAGAUGAGAAUGCAGUGGUCGCUUUGCCUGUGGGAACCUCCUGUUCCCUUGAGCAAGCAUGCUGCACGUUCAGCUCCCAGGGCUGAUUUUUCCAAGGCUAUCAGCUGAGGAUACUAAAUACUGCAGAGUUGUAUUGAUGAACUCCCCAGAAGAUGUGUGCCCCUGCCUUGCCCAAUGCAGCCUGGCCGCACAGGGUGCUGCAGGUCCUGCAGGUCCCUGCUGCCUGCGGUGCAAUGGGCACUCAGGAGGUGUGAGCCAACUGUGCUCCUCAGUGCUGGGGGUGCUGCAACCCCCGAGCUGGGGACACCUGCCCUAAGGUGGGGUUAAUGGCUGUGGGGGUGGUUGGAGAGGGGGCUGGGGGGCACACAGGAGGAGCCCGAAGCGCUCAGGCUCUGGCUGCCAGAGCUGGAAGUGGAGACACUGCCCCCACCCACCCCUCUCAAGGGGCCCUUGUUCACAAGGAGGAGAUGAUUCAUGGGCAUCAAGCGGCCCCUGAGCAAAUCUUCCACUGUUAUGGGAUAUUUCCAGAGCAUGAGUGUGAUAAUUAAUGGCUUGCUUUUCUCUUAAACCCUCUGUGCUGCAGCGUGCCAAGUUGCUGGGUACGCACUCAGGAGGGGACUUUCCAGGCUCUCCUUGCUGCCAGCCCAGUGCAGCUCACCCUGUGCCCACCGGGGCUGAGAUGCUGCAGGGCCUCAGGCAGUAUGGAUGUGGAGGAACAAUGGUGGGAGCCGUGCGCCUGCCUCCUGCCCUGUGGGAAUGUGAGAAACAGUCCUGUGGGAAUGGGAAUGGAAUGGCCCCCCAGCACUGGGCUGGGAGGCUCCAGCCUUCCUUCCCUCGGAGCUGCUCUGAGUGCUCAGUGCCACUGUCCUCAGGUGCUGCAGUGGCCCCCUCCCCUCCUGCAUCCCACCCUAUUUCUGGCAUCCCAGGAGCUAUAAACAUCUGUUUACUGCCUGUGGCGACUCCAAGCAGUGCACCUCCGCAGGCAGAGCAUCCUGGGGCCCUGCCCACGCCAACAGGAAGGAUUUAUUUUUGCUCAGUUUUUAUUUUAGCUACAAACAAUGGCCGUCACUCCCAGCAUCCGAUUUCCCCCGGCCCCCCUCGCCCUCGGCCUCCACCUGGUGUGGGAGGAAGCGGGGCCUGGAGGGGACAAGGGAGCCACAGGCUGAGUCCCUGCAGCGAUGUUGCAGUGCUGCUCCCUGGAACUGUUCCCCCUCCUCAGGGCUCCCUUGGGCUGUGGCUGCCAACCAGCUCUGCUUUGCAGCCACACGUGCAUGGUCUUAUCUCUGUCUCUGUGACAGACAGUCCAUGCACACGGAAACUGCUGUGUUAGCUUGGCUGGAGACGCUUCUUCCCCUUCCUUCUUCUCCUCUUCCUCCUCCACUUCCCUGCAGGUUGCUGAAGCAAGAGCUGCUGCUUGCUCCUGUGACCGAGAAGAGGCUGAGGAGAGGGGACAUGCUCUGCAGCUGCGCCCAGAGCCUUAUCUCCAAUCCAGAGGACACGGGUUCCCAAGGGGAAUGUGUUCACAGAGUCUAAGAAUAGAGCUGGCCUGGGCAUGAGGUGGGGAGUGCUGUGGGGUGCUGCUGUGGAGAGGGGAAUCCUGCUUGCUGCUGUUUGUGGGGUGUACUGGGAUGCAGAGCAAGCACUGCCUGCUGACCUGAGCAGCAGCAGCAUCCUGGUGGUGGUUUGAGCUUCAUUCUUGGUGCUGGUCUCCAGACCUCCUGUCCCAGGAGUGCUGACCUGUGUCUUAUCCAGCCCAGCUUAGCACAUGCUAAAGCCAUCUGCCUCCAUAGCUCCCAACCCUCUCAGGCACAGGGACCUCUGACAUCUUCCCAUCCCUGCUGCAGUAGACGUGGAGAUCAGCGCAUCUCCAUUGCAAGGCUCCCUGUCCUAGGAUGCCUGCACCCAGCACAGAGAAGUGAUCUCAUGGUGUUUGGGCUGCAGGAGAAACUCCAGCAGCACCCAGCAGGUGGGACCCUGUGUCUGCACUGCUGCUUGGCAGCAGGGAACACGGGCUGGGCUCUCUGCGGCCGGUGCCCUGCUCGCCCAAGGGUGGGCUGUGCGCUGGCACCAGACACUGAGCCCGUCUGUGCCAUCCGUACAGUGACCCAUGGGCAGUCUCCCCUGGCUUCCUGCAGCCGCCUCAUUAACCUCCUGUGGGCUGGGAGCUGAACAAGUGCAGGAAAUUAAUUUCUUCUCUCCCUCCGCUCCCCCAGGCGCAGGCUCGGCUCUGUGCACCCGCUGCAAAUCAAGGCCCCUUUGAGCAGCUCACCCCCCCUCGGCUCCGGGGGCAGCUGUAACAAGGGAGAUGCAGGGGACAGCUCAGCUGGGGAGGAACAAAGGAGCCUUCAGUGCUCUGCUUUGAGCACUCGUUUGCCAAGGCGCUGCCUGCUCUGUGGCCCUUUGGCCCUCGGUUGGUCUGGUGCCCUGACAGAGGUCUGAGAGCUGUGAUGGGAGAUGUCCUGGGGGAUGCACCAUGGGCUGCAGUGUGCUGUGAGAAGGGGGCACAGGGCAUGGUCCUUAUCUGCUGAGCUGGGGCAGGGAGUGGGUAAGUGUCUCCCCAGGCGCUGGUGGGACAUCUUGCUUUUCUUCUCAGCUGCUUCCUCACUAGCCCAGCACUCUGCCAAGCCCUGCAGCUGGUUCCUGGCUGGCCAGAGGAGGAUGUCUCACCUGGCAGUGUGUUUCCACCAUUUCCAUUCUGCAUGCAUCCUGGGAAUGUCUGCCUCUCUCCCCUCGCUGGAAGGGGAGAACAGUGGGAGCUGAGCACCCAACCACCUAUGUGCUGUGUGCUGCUUUUCCAGCUCCAAAGCUCAAGCAGGAGCCAUGGUCCCACUGUACUGCCCUCUCCUUCUCCAUGGGCUGAGAGAUGCUGACCACUCACUGGUGCUCACUGCCCUCCUUGGGGUCUGCCUGUGGGAGACGGGCACUGGCAAAGUCAUGCUGAAGGGCUGUGCUGGUGUUUGGCUUGGCGCUGGGGAGGAGGAGGAAGCAGAAGGUCUGUGGAGAUAGAAGACCAUCGGCAGAGGCAGCAGGAUGUGAGCUGCAUCCUGCCCUGCGUCCUGGGGAGCGGUGCUUUGGAGCCAGGCAUGCUGUCCUUUUGCAUGGGGGGAUUGCCUUGGCUGGGCACUGAUCAGCAUCAGCUGGCUCACGUUGGGCUCCCCUUUGGCUGAGGGAUGUUUCGCUCACCCUGGGAAACAUGCCCUCACUGCUGCCUGGCUCUGCACUGCCUGCAGCUCUGAGGCAAACAGUCCUUCCUCCGAGCACCACUGCUCUGUCCCUGCAGAGAAGUGAUGGUCCAGCAGUGCACCCAGUGUCUGUGUGCUCUGUCCAUGAGGCAUGCACUCUGCUUUCCAAACACCCCAUCACUCAGCACGUCCCAGCUGCCACUGCGGUCCCCUCUGGCCUCUCCCCUGUCCCUGCAGACCCACAGCCAGCUGCGGGGCCACCCCAGCUGUGCUCUGAUGAUGUUCAGUUGCUGCCAAGAUCUCGCUCACACUUGCAUUGAAAGAAACAGUUGUUUUUUUCCCCUGACUUUGAUAGCCUCCAGAGCCACAGAUUUGUUGGUGUUCUGAGCUGGGCUGUCUAGGCCCUGGAUGCUGCAGGUGCUUCCCACAUGACACAGGAGCUGGGGUUUGUCUCCAGCUCUGUUUUGCUCAGCAGAAAUCAGGAGAACAGCCUGAGAGCUGCACGCUGGAGCAGCUGAGGAGCCCAUCCCUGCUUUGUUCUGGGGCUCUGGUUACCAGCAGGGCUCUGUCUCAGACCAUGGGCUGAGCAGGGCUGGAGGUGCUCUGCAGGCAAGACAGGCACACUGAGGGAUGCUCAGGGCCCUGUAGUCCAUCAGGGGCUGAGCAGAGCUGCUUCCCAGCACUGUGACUGCAGCAGGGGUGCUGUAUGGCAAUGCCUUCCCUUCCCUCCUCACCAGCAUGCCAAAUACUGCCUGAAGGGAUUAAUUUUUUCUGUAAGCCUGCUCUGAAAUUCAAGCACGUGGAGUUGUGUUACACAUGGGUGCAGCCUUGCAGCAGCACACAGCAGCUGUGCUACACUGUAGGUGGGAUAGAGGUGUACUGUUAUCUGCAUGGAAAUAUUCACGUGCUGAGCCCUUUGAUAGCAGUCCAGCAAGCUUGCAGAGCUCAAGUUUCCACCCACAGGCUGCAUCCCAGCGUCUGCGUGCCGGUGUGUGCAGAAGGAGCACGUGUGCACUUGGCAAACAGCCCUGAGCUCUCAGCCCCACGGGGGUCUUCCAUGUGUCACAGCCCUUUCUGCCUUCUCUGAAUCUUUUUGCACAUUUAUUUCAGCACCUCUGGUGUUGCCCCUGUGCUUUUCAUGCCUAGCUGUGAUUAGGGGGAGAAUGUCCUCAAGGCAAAGGUUGAUUCAGUUCCUGAGCUUGUCACAGUUUUGAGCCAAAAGUUGAAUCAAAAUGUGCAAGAGUGCUGGGCUGGCUUGGAAAGUGCCCCAUGCCUCCCAUGUGCCCUUGUUGUUCCAGCUGCCUCUUCUGCUGAGCCUCUGCUCUGCGUGCUCUUCCUCACAUGCAGAGGGGCUGUGGGUGAAGCCCAGAAUCCUGACAUCGCUACAUUCAUGGGCUUUUCUCUGCUUCCCCCAGUGCUGGACCAGCUCCUGCCAGAGCUCAGCAUCCUGCUCAAGCUGCUGGACCACGAGUACCUGAGUGCCACGGCCCAGGAAAAGAAGGUAGCUGUGUCCUCCAUCCUGCAGAAGCUGCAGCCGCCCACAGGGAAGGACACAGACUUCAUGUAUGUGAACACGGCCUCCCUGAGCAAUGGCACCAGCUUUGUGGAGUCUCUCUUUGAGGAGUUUGACUGUGACCUGCGGGAUCUCCGGGACAUGCAGGAGGAUGAUGGGGAUACUGGUGACAGCAUCAGUGUGGAGCUUGCGAGGAGCCAGCCAGCAAAGAGCGUUCCUGCAGACCCCCCUCCACCUCUGCCCACCACCCCCCCACCUGAGGAUUACUAUGAGGAAGCGCUGCCUCUGGGCCCGGGCAAGGCCCCCGAGUACAUCACCUCCCGCAACAGCUCCAGCCCCCCCAACUCUAUCAUGGAUGGCUACUAUGAGGACGCAGACAGCAACUACCCCGUCACCAGGAUGAACGGGGAGCAGAAGAACUCUUACAACGACUCAGAUGCCAUGAGCAGCUCCUAUGAAUCUUAUGACGAAGAGGAGGAGGAGGGGAAAGGCCAGCAGCUGACACACCAGUGGCCAUCAGAAGAAGCCUCCAUGAACCUGGUGAAGGACUGUAGGAUUUGCGCUUUCCUGUUGCGCAAGAAGCGCUUCGGGCAGUGGGCCAAGCAGCUCACCAUCAUACGGGAUGGCAAACUGCUGUGCUACAAAAGCUCCAAGGACCGGCAGCCACAUGUGGAAGUGUCCCUGAGCACCUGCAAUGUCAUCUAUGUCCCCAAGGAUGGGCGACGCAAGAAGCACGAGCUGCGCUUCUCACUGCCUGGGGCUGAGGCACUGGUGCUGGCUGUGCAGAGCAAGGAGCAGGCUGAAGAAUGGCUGAAGGUGAUAAAGGAAGCAAGCACUGCAGGAACGAGUGGGAUGGAAGUCCCCACGUCCCCAGUGAUGCCCUGCAAGAUGGACCUGGAUAAGAGGCUGUCACAGGAGAAGCACACCUCUGACUCAGACAGUGUGGCGACGGGUGAGACCUGCUCCCCCAUGGCCCGCAGGGAGCUCUGUGAGAACGGGAAAGCCAAGAAGAGUGGCUUGGCUGACCUGAAGGGCUCAAUGAGCCGGGCAGCAGGGAAGAAGAUCACCAGGAUCAUCAGCUUCUCCAAGAAGAAGCCUUCCCCUGAGGAUACGCAGACCUCCUCCACCGAGGAGGAUAUCCCAUGCUGCGGCUACCUGAGCGUCCUGGUCAACCAGUGCUGGAAGGAACGUUGGUGCCGCCUCAAGGCCAACACCCUCUACUUCCACAAGGACCGCACCGACCUGCGCACCCACGUCAAUGCCAUCAACCUCCGGGGCUGUGAGGUGGUCCCAGGACUGGGCCCCAAACACCCCUUUGCAUUCCGUAUCCUGCGCAGUGGGCAGGAGGUGGCCGCUCUAGAGGCAAGCUGCUCAGAAGACCUGGGCCGCUGGUUGGGCCUUCUCUUGGUGGUGACGGGCUCCCAAACUGCACCGGAGGCCUUGCACUAUGACUACGUGGAUGUGGAGACCAUUGCUAACAUUGUGACAGCUGUGAGGCACUCCUACCUGUGGGCCAGCAGCUCCCAGGACAGCCAGCCCGACUCCUCCCGCGUGGUGUAUGAUGAUGUCCCCUACGAGAAGGUUCAGGCUGAGGAGGAGUCGGGACGGCCAGCAGGAGCCCAGGUGAAGCGCCAUGCCUCCUCCUGCAGCGAGAAGUCACGGCGAAUUGACCCGCAGGUCAAAGUGAAGAGACACGCAUCGAAUGCCAACCAGUACAGGUAUGGGAAGAACCGGGCUGAGGAGGAUGCCAGGCGGUUUCUAACAGAGAAGGAUAAGCUGGAGAAGGAAAAAGCAGCAAUCCGCAGUGAGCUGGUGCUGCUGCGGAAAGAGAGGAGGGAGCUGCGGGAAGCCAUGAAAGGCAGCUCAGGAGUGAAGCUGCAGGACCUGGAGCAGCGUGUGGCUUUGCUGGAGGAGCAAUGCCGGCAGAAGGAGGAGCGCCGCGUCGACCUGGAGCUCCAGCUGAGCGAAGUGAAGGAGCAGCUGAAGCAGUCGUUGGCAGGAGGGCCGGCCCUGGGACUGGCUGUGACCAGCAAGGCUGAGAAUGGGGAAGCUACAAACAAGCCAAAUGGGAGCCCCCCUGAGCACUUGGUUCCUGUUAACAGUGCAGCUGAACUGAGAAAGAGAAGCCCCUCCAUCCUUCCUGCCAACAAGGGCAAUGUGCUGAGGAAGGCCAAGGAAUGGGAAAAGAAGCAGACUUAAACCAGGCAGUGGGAACAUCUGCCAGGCCCCACUGGACACUGUGGCCCACUGAGGAGCUACAAGGCCCCUUUCUCCCAGGGAUGGGGAGAAGUGCCCUCCCUUGCCCCUGCGCUACAGUGCCUGCCACAUGGGCAACACUAUGAACUGUGGGGAAGGGGGCGGGAGGGAAUUUACACAGUGGGGUGAGGUGCUGGAACAGGCUGCCCAGAGAAGCUGUGGAUGCCCCAUCUCUGGAGGCAUUCAGGGCCAGGUGGGAUG